AUGGGAAGGUCCAAGUUUCCCGGGAAGCCGCCGAAGACGGUUACCAGGAAACGGAUCAAAGUUCUCGGUCAGCCCGAGACAGCCCAAAGUGAUUCGGUAACCGUCGCCGAGAACAUCUACUACGGACUUUCCCUGUUCAACGAAACAUUUGGUGACAACGAGAAGGAACAUCCACCAUUCCAUGGUUUUAGCACUAAAGAGGCUAAUCUUUCCGUGUCUUAUAUAAAAACACAACAACAUGACACAGAAAAUACAACUGUUAAAUUAUCAUCUGAUGCUGUUAAUAAUUCUAUGCCACAACAGAAUGAACAAAAUAUUACAGAUGUCAAAAAUUCUCCAUCGAAUACUGAAAAUAAUACAGAAAAAUUAUGUGAUAAAAAUAUCAAACCAGCAGAAGAUGAUAAAAAAGACGUGACACCAUUAAAUUCCAAACGUGCUAAAUUUCAUAGACCUAAAAGUCGCAGAAAUUGUAAAAAUAUAAAAUUCUCCAAUUUUAUGAAAACACCAGUAUUAAAAUCAGUGAAUAAUAUUUUAGACCAGCAUCAACGAACAAGACAACUACGAAACAGUACUGCAAAAAGAUUAUUGCAAAGGGCUAAAUCUAACAGUAAUAAUGUACGUAAUAUAACAGCACAAUGUGGAGAUAAACCAAAUGCUGUAAGAAAAUUUAUUUUGCCAGUUCGAAGUGCCCAUUCUUCGAGAGUUAUUAAACCAAAUAAAAGAUUUAUUGAAGAAUUAGAAGAAAUUUCUGGAGCAGAGCAUAGUGAAAAUGAAAUUGGUACACAUGUAAAGAAAGCUAAAUUUACAUUAAACAAACUUUGUAAUCAGGAACCAAAAUUAAAAGAAGGAAAUAUUACUAAACUCUGUACAAAAUUAAAAGACAAAGAAGUGAAAAGUAAAACCAAAAAAGUUAUUCAGCGUGUAAAUUCCAAUAUCCAAACUGUUAUACCAGCAAAAAAUCUUGAAAAAUUAGCUCCUUCUAUACAAAACGCACAAGUAUCAAAAACUAUUAAUACAAAUGUUAAAAAAAUAAAUGUAUCGACUAAAAAUAAAAUAGUAAAAUCUUCAUCUGAUGAAUGCAGUAAUAAUCAAAGUGGAACAGCAAAUACAGCAACUAGAAAAGCUCAAAAUGCAAAAUUAUCUAUCUCUAAAGCCCAAAAACCAAUUUCUGUUCCUACAAAAGUUCUUCCUGAUUCUGAUGUUCCAAGUUCAGAGUCUUCCAGGAUCCAAACAAGAUCAGGAACUCAAAAUGAUACAGUUGACUUAGAAGUUCAGACAAAUUUUGAAGAUACAAUAAAAAUAAAAGAAAAUACCAAUGUAAAAAGUCAAACUAAUGUUGAUAAUGGGAAUAAAAAUACAGAGGGAAAUUCAGAUAAUUUUGACACAGAAAGUACAUUAUCUGAAAGUGGAAGUGAACAUAGUAAUCAUACAGAAGAUGAACAGUCUGAAUGGACUGGAAUGAAAUUAAAUGGUGGAAAAGUUAUUUUAAGAAAAGCAAGAUUAAAAUUAGAUAAUAAAUGUGUUAGUGGAACUGAAGGUCCCUUUUCAAAAACAAAUAGUAAUAGUAUUACAACUGGAAAUACUAACUUAGGUUUAACAGGCACCAUUAAAUGUGGCGUUUGUGGUGCUGUACGAUUUUAUCGAUUCGUGAAACAGGCUCGAAAAUUUGGUAUUCACAGUUGUGAAUCAUGUAGAAAGUUUAUCAGUAAAAUGAUUAAACGGCAAGCUUGUGCAAAAUCUACAAAUAGUGCCCUUCCAGUCCUUCAAUGUCAUAAAGGCGAUGGUUUAUGCUUAGUACCACCUGUUGUAAGAAGUCAACAAUGGAAUCUCAUGAGAUGUGUUUAUAAAGCUAGAUGCCCAGCUUGUUGGUUAAAAAUGUGUUUAAAAUGUUAUAAUAUUCCUUCUUCACUAAGAACAGGUUUAAAUACAUUGUUACCACCAAUGAUGAGAGAUCCUUUGAGUAUUCCAUUAACACUAAAUCAAGAAGAUAAUGAUAAUCAAGGACAAAAAUUAAUAUCUUCUAAGUUAGGUUGGCCUGCAGAAGAUAGUUCAGAAAAGAACUUAUUUAAAUCAGCUAUGAGUUGGAGAAAUAUAGAAAUAGGUCAAAAAACCAGUUUUCAAGGCACAGGCGGUUUUCUAUAUACAAAAUUAGACAAAUUUGACUCAUCACUGAAUAUAUCACCUAAUAAAAAAAGAAGAAAAAACAAUAGGAUAAAAGUAAGAAAGAAAUUGAAAAAUCCAAUAUUCUCUGUACCAUCUUUAAAUCAAUGUCCACAACCUUUAAGGCAGAGACUUGAAUUGAAGGGACCAAGAGUGAAACAUGUUUGUCGAAGUGCAAGUGUUGCUCUUGGUCAACCAAUUGCCACUUUUCCUUCAAUAGAUGGAAAAGAAGGUACUGAAAGCAAUAAGCACAUUCCGAAAACUUUAAAGGAAAAUGAUAGGAUAGAGAAAAAGGAUGAAACAAAAGAGAAAGAAUCACAAAAACAUAAUGAUGAAAAUAUUGUAAAUCAUAAUACUGCUAGUAUAACACAACAACCUCAUUCUAAGAGAGGAAAAUCACAACAAAAUAUAUCAACAUCAAAUUUUCAAGUAUCUAAAUCAAAUAAUGAUACAUUACACACAGUAUCUAUAGACUUUUGGGAACAGUAUGAUCCUACAGAAGUUGGAGCAAAAGGUUUUGCCCUUAUUGGUUCAGAACUCUUUCAUAUUCCUGCUAUUUGUUACCUUUGUGGAAGUGCUGGAAAAGAACCACUCAUCCACUGUCAAUGCUGUUGUGAGCCAUAUCAUGCCUUUUGUUUGGAACCCAGUGAAUGGAAUGCUUGUGCUCAACCAAACUGGUGCUGUCCCCGAUGUACAAUAUGCCAAUCCUGCCAUCUAAGAUCUGGUCCAAAAUUGUCUUGCAUUCGUUGUCGUCAAUCAUUUCACCAUUCGUGUUUGUCAAAAUCUGGUGUUAGUGCGAGACUUUAUAGUCCUGAAAGACCUUAUGUGUGUCAAAGCUGUGUUAAGUGUAAGAGCUGUGGUAGUGAAGGAGUUAAUGUUCAUGUGGGCAAUUUACCAUUAUGCUCCAUGUGUUUUAAAUUACGUCAACAAGGAAAUUACUGUCCUUUAUGUCAAAGAUGUUACAAUGAAAACGAUUUUGAUACAAAGAUGAUGGAAUGUAGUGAAUGUUCUUAUUGGGUACAUGCUCAAUGUGAAGGGCUUUCUGAUGAACGUUAUCAAAUUCUUAGUUAUUUACCUGAUACUAUUGAAUUUACAUGCAGUCAAUGUUCCUCUAAUCCUAAUUCCGUUUGGAGAAAUGCCAUAGAAGCUGAACUUAAAGCUGGUUUCAUAGGAGUUAUAAAAUCGUUAAGUAAGAAUAAAAAAGUUUGCGCUGCAUUAAAAUGGAGUCCAAGGAAAGAAUGUUUAUGUAGAUCUGUUUCUAAUGGGAAAAAAUUGGAUUUUUCAAAUGAAAAAAUAGAUUCAAAUAUCAAAGAAAGUCCCAAUAUAGAAGAAAUUGAAGAAGGCAAUAGUGAAAAGAAUAAAAAUAUAGAAUUUGGACAUAAUAAUAAUUCAAAAUCUGAUUCAAUAAAUAAAUUGGAUGAAGAUCAACAAAAUGAUUGCACUAAUAGAAGAGGUUUGAGACGCCUUCGACAAAAAUUUCAUUUAAAAGAAUGUUCUGUCCGAGUAAAAAAUUGUGCUAUAAAAGAUACUCAAGAUAAUGAUAAAAAGGAUUCGGUAAUUCAAGAAAAUUCAAGUAAUAAUUCAAAUGAUAUAGAAUGCAAUUGCUUGGAUCAACAAAUUAUUGUUAGACCUUCGCCUACAUUGAUGUCGGUAAAACGAAAAGUUAAUAAUAAUGAAUAUAAAACAUUAUCUCAAUUUCAUUGUGAUAUGGAACAUGUAAUUAAUUAUACUGAAACCAAGGAACUUACUGAAGCUUAUCAUGAAAUUUUACGAGAAGUUUUUCCAUGGUUUAGUCCAAAAAAUAUUAAAAAUAAUGGAAAAAGUGAUGCAUUAACAGCUGCCAAGGAUGUUAAUAAAGAUGAUAGUUUAAUUACAAAACUUGAUGAUUCUAUACUAGAAAUAUGGAAAGAAGAAGUAAUGAAAGCACCAAAAGCAAUUGCAGCCAAAACAGCAAAUUUAUAUAAUGUUCAUGUUGAAGAUAGUAGAUCAUGUUGUUUGUGCAAAGGUUUAGGUGAUGGUCCAGAAACAAAAGAAGGACGGUUAUUAUAUUGCGGCCAAAAUGAAUGGUUGCAUUCAAAUUGUGCACUUUGGUCUAAUGAAGUAUUUGAAGAAAUUGAUGGUUCUUUACAGAAUGUUCAUAGUGCUAUUUCAAGAGGUCGGUUAAUUCGUUGUUCAGAAUGCGGAAAGAAAGGAGCCAGUGUUGGUUGCUGCGCGAAAAAUUGUAACAGUACCUUUCAUUAUCCUUGUGCAAGAAAUGUUGGACUUGCUUUCAAUGACGAUAAAACAGUAUUUUGUUCUUUGCAUUUAAAUAACUGCACUGAUAAAACAUUACAAAAUGAAAAUGAAUUUAGUUUACGAAGACCAGUAUACGUGGAAUUAGAUCGUAAGAAAAAAAAAUAUGCAGAACCAAGUAAAGUAAAAGUUAUGAUAGGUUCAUUGAUGAUUGAUUGUUUAGGUACUGUUAUACCUGAAUAUUCCGAUACGGUUGAAAAAAUUAUACCUUGCGAUUAUAAAUGUUCUCGAUUAUAUUGGUCUACAGUAAAUCCUUUUAAAAUUGUAAGAUAUUAUAUUAGAACAUAUAUACAAGUAUAUGUACCAGAAGUUUCUUCCGAUAUAGAAAACAAUAUAACUAUUGAUCAUUCUAAAGAACAAGAAAAAGAAGAUAUAUUAAAUAUACAAAAAACUGAAUAUUUAGUUAUUAAACAAACUUUAGAUGCUUUAAUUGAUGCAGUAUGUAAUAAAGAAGUUGAUGAAAAUCUAGCAGAACAAAAUAAUACAGAUCUUUUACCACCAGAAUUAAAGGAAGCUAUAUUUGAAGAUUUGCCACAUGAUUUAUUAGAUGGUAUUUCUAUGCAAGAUAUAUUUCCAAAAAUGACAUAUGAAGAUUUUUUGGCAAUGGACUUAAAAAAUGAUGGUACUUUUGCAGCUGAUUUAUUUAAAGAUGAUAUGUUGGCAUCUGAAGUAGAUGAAAUUAUAAAACCACCUGAAAGUAAAGUUUCUAAAAUAGAUCCCCCUUUAGUAGAAUUAGGACCACAUAAUGAUUUAUGGGUUCAUUUAGAAACUAAAACUUCUGUUCAAGAUUUAAUGGAUGACUUAUUUAGUUCCAAAAAUCAAAAACGGGGAGGUAGAGAAUUAAAACGAUCUAAAUCGGAAGUAAUGUCAAAUAGUCCGUUAAUUGUUGGAGGACAAAGACAUCAUCAACGAUCUUGUAGUUUAACUUGGAGUUGUAAAUUAGAUGGUACUUAUGGUCCCAGCAUAAAAAGAAGAAAAUUAUCUAGAAAUUCAAGUAUCACAAAAUCGAACGAAACAAGCGUAAUGGUAUUAGAUUCACAAAAUGAACGGCCACCUACAUUACAUGAAUUAAGAAUUCCAGAAAGUAUCAUGGUUACUGUGGGCAGAGCAAAUACACCUAACAUUUUAUCUGAUUCUAUGCGAGAAUUAAAAUAUUGUAUUGAAGAUGCUAAUGGUAUUAAUCGUAGAGUAAUAUCUACUAGUCGUGAAGAAACUAAAGAACAUAAACGACUUUUUUGGCACGCGAGGCAACAGCCGCGGAUAUUACAAGUUGAUGGGCCUGCCGAUCCAAGCAGUGCUAGCGAAUGCAGUUCACCAGAAUAUAAUAUUGAAGAAAAAACUACAGCAUUACGUAUGGCAGAACAUUUAUCAAUCCCGCAAUUAGAUGGUAUCAACGAUGAAUCUUCGUGUGACAGUAGCGAAUUUACUUCGUUUUCUGAAAAAGAAUUUAAUCCUUGUACGAAAUCUUCAAAUAAUAUUUUAAGAUCAAAACGAAUAUAUGGAUUUAUUAGAUCACAUAUUACAAAAUCUAAUGAUAAGUCACAAAAGACUAAAGAAAAUGAUGACUUUUCUAAUUGUCAAAAAUAUGCAAUACAACAAACUAAUUUUAAAGAAAAUAAUUUAAAAUUGAAUUUAGAAAUUCCACAAUUAGAUGGAGCAGAUGAUAUUUCUAGUGAUGAUGAGUGCAUAUCACCACAACAUGUUGAAAGUGAAAGAACUACUAUUACUUCUCAAUGUGAUGCACCAUUUGAUCAUAUAGAUCGUCCUGUAACUUGUAAACGAUGUCGUUGUACAUAUAGAACACAAGAUAGUUAUAAUAGACAUUUGACAAAUUGUGAUAUCAUGAUAACAAGCGAUAGUGAUUCUGAAACUAUGGAUAAUAAAUUAGCAUCACCUGAUUCUAGAUUUUCUCCAAGUAUUAGCUCUGUAUCUCCACAAUUUAUAACAUUAUCUCCAUCUGAAGGACAUACUCUUUCAUCUGAUUAUCCAGAUAUACAAGCUACUUCUCCUUUAGAAGCUUCUGUACCAUCACCUCAUCCAGCUAUUCAAAUCGAACCAAUAGCACAAGCAAUUAUUACACCACAAAUUCAUACACAUGCUACUGUGGAAACUGUUCAUCAAACAGUAUUAACAUCUAAUGAUAUGAUUGUACAAACACAGUAUACGAGAACAACAACUACAUUACCAAAUGCUUCAGUAUUACCUCAAGAAAGUACUGUUCAAAUAACAGAAAUUACAGAUCCACCAUCUGUUGCAAGUGAUUCUAGUAUAUCACAAAAUAUCAUUAAUACACCCAUGAAUUCUCCAGAUGGUGCAAGUUCUCAAACAGUUCCAAGUCCACAAGUAUCACCUACAUUUUCUUCUACAGGUGUUCAAACUGCAACUAAUGAAUCACAAGCAAAUAUUCAGAUAACAAAAUUAGCUAAAUCAAAAUCUCCAAGAGCGCCAAAAUCUCGAACGAAAGGAAUAAAAACACAGAUUGUGAAAAAUACUAUACAGCCACAUAAUGGACAUGCUAGGUUUCAACCAAUGCAAAAUAAUACUCCAGUUAUACAACUGCAACAAACUCAAAGACCAAGUGGGCCAACUGUUAUAUUACAACAAGCAUCUCCUGGUAUCAUGUCUGCAUAUGUUGAGACAUUGCAACAACAAUCUGGACAAAAUCUUCAAUAUGUAACAACAAUUGGAGGUCAACAUGAAACUGCAUUUAAACCACAGUUUAUAACAACUAAUCAUUUAGUUCCUGGUGCAUACAUACAAGCAUCUUCUGAUAACUUAUUGGCAUUACAAAAUGGAGGUAUAUCAAUAUUGCCUGGUGUACAAAUUGCUCAAACACAACCAACAGUUCUUGGAACAAUUAUACAGCAACAACCUAGUGCAAUUCAAUGUGGAGUUAUAUCAUCUGAACAAUUAUUAUUAAGUUCAACACCAACACUAGAAAUGUUUACAGAUUCUACAGGCAGUAUGUUUCUUUCAAAUCAACCAAUGUAUUAUGGUUUGGAAACUAUUGUAAGCAACACAGUAAUGUCUUCCAGUCAGUUUAUGACUGGCACAGUACCACAAGUGUUAGCAAGCAGUUAUCAAACAACAACGCAAGUUUUUCAAGCUUCUAAACUUAUGGAACCUAUUGUAGAUGUUCAGGCUGUUCCAGGUGUUCCCACUGUAACAGCAGUGCAAUCUGUACAAAAUGUACCUGGAGUACCUGGAGUACCUGGAGUGCCAAGUGUACCAAACGUUGCUAAUGUAUCCAAUGUACCCAAUGUAACCAACAUAGCUAGCAUACCUAAUGUACCUAGUGUAACCAAUGUACCUAAUGUUCCAGCUGUACCCGCUAUUCCGAAUAUAUCUGCUGUACCCUCUGCAUCCAAUGUAUCUAACGUAUCCAAUAUAUCAAGCAUAACAAAUAUAUCAAAUAUAUCUAAUGUGCCCACAAUACCCAGUGUAUCUAAUGUGCCUAGCGUACCUAGUAUACCCAAUGCAUCUAAUACACCUAGUAUACCUGGUGUACCACAUGUACCUAAUGCACCUGGUGUAUCUAACAUACCCAGUGCACCUAGUAUAUCUAAUGCACCUGGUGUAUCCAAUGUAUCUAGUGUAUCAAAUGUACCUAAUGCAUCUGGUAUAUCUAACGUACCUACCGCAUCUAGUGUACCUGGUGUAUCUAAUAUAUCCAGUGUAUCUAAUAUGUCUAAUAUAUCCAAUGCACCUACAUUGCCUAGUACUUCUAAUAUAACUAAUAUAUCGGCGAUACCUACUGUUCAAAAUAUAUCUAAUAUUUCUACCUUACCACCUAAUGUAGGAAAUGUUUCCGAUAUACCUACAGUACCCGGUGGUUAUGUCGUUGUAAAUCAAUCAACAUCUAUACCAGAACCUGUAACGCCACAAAUUAAUAUUUCUGCAACAUCUGAACAAACCUUUGCCUCAACUACCUGUAAUGCCAUAUUGCCUGUAUCAUGUCAAAAUGUUGUAGAACCAGUGACAUCAAUACAGCUACCAGAUACAUGUUUAUCUGAACCUCAUGCUGUAGUAAGAGUAACAUCGCCUCCUAAGUUGUUGCAAAACUCAAUACCAACAAUACCAAGGGUAGCUGUACGCCCAAGUCCAGUUUCCAACUCUAUUAUGCAACCUAAUAAUGGACCAUGGAAAAUUACAGAACCAUUAUUUGGUUCGGAACAGAUGAAUACUAACGUCCGACCAUAUUUUGACUCAAAACAUGUAUCAGAAAAUACCAGUAUGAUAAAAUCUAGCAUAUCAUCUAAAAUACCCCCCUUACCUAAUCAUUGUAUAACUCAAAGGGAUAUAGUUGUAAAUAAGUUAAAUCAUGAUGUAAAUAAUGUGCAUAAUAAUUAUAGUAGUACUAUACCGAAUUCAAACAAUAUUAAUAUAAGUACAAGUAACAAUCCAGUGAUUGCCAGCUCGGCUGUACAAAAUAAAAUUACAAUGUCUACAAGUAAUGUACCAACAAGUCGACCGAUGAAUAGAGUAUUACCUAUGCAAGCCGUAACUCCGAAACAGGACACGACAAAGGCCAUGCAAAAAACAGAAAUGAUUAUAGAAGAGCCAACGAAACCAGUAAUUAAACCAGCAGAACCAGAACAAAAGAUUACAGAAUCUAAGAAACAAAUUGUUGAAGCAGUAGCCCCUACAAUGAAGAAACCGGAAACGACUAUAAACAACAUAAAUGAAACUUUGAAAUUAAAUACGGAAGCGAUCGAAAAAGUAAAAGAAAAUCUGAAGUUGGAACUGGACAAAGAGAAAUUACAGAACGCUUCGUUAAAAAUAGUGUUACAAAAGCAAUUGCAAGAUGGCUCUUAUAAAAUUACACAUAACAUGAAAGCAAUGACACAAAAUAAGAAAUCUCCACAAGUAACAUCUGUAGAAAUAUUGCCAUCAAAACAAGUACCACAAAUAGCUUCUUUGCAAUUGUUACCGAUAAAAACAUUCACGUUGAAAACGAAUAAAAUUGAGGAAAAAAUGAAACCAAUCGAUAACAAAUUUAACAUGUUAAAAACCAAGACUCCACCAGUUGCUGUUAAAAAGCCAAGAAUGAUUAGUAAGUCUAUUAAAUCUAUAAAGCCAACUUUACCAAAUCUACAAACACCGAGAAACACUUCAAAGGGACCGACAUUGAUGUACGAAAUAAAAUCACAGGAUGGAUUCACUCAUACCGCUUCCUCAAUGGCUGAAGUAUGGGAAACUGUAUUUCGAGCCGUGCAAAAUGCUCGAAAGGCUCAUAAUUUACCUCCGUUGCCUCAUAAUCCUCUCAUUGAAAAUUUAGGCUUGGAUAAUAAUGCUACGGUGUAUCUGAUUGAACAGUUACCGAAUGUAAAUAGAUGCACUAAAUAUAAACCCCGAUUUCAUAAUUUAGCACCGCCUAAGCCAGGAGAAAUAGAAAAUGAUUUACCAAAGGCAUGCGAUAAUGGUGCUGCUCGCGCUGAACCGUUUAAAGGAAGAAAAGUUCAUGAUAUGUUUAGUUGGCUUGCAUCGAGGCACAGACAACAGCCAAAAAUGAUUGCUAUCUCUGAAGCUGAGUCCAGGCGAGUGGCAAGCACAAAUUUACCAAUGGCAAUGCGCUUUAGAAUACUUAAAGAAACAUCGAAAGAAUCAGUUGGAGUGUAUCAUUCUCAUAUACAUGGUAGGGGUUUAUUUUGCUUGAGAGAUAUUGAAGCUGGAGAGAUGGUUAUUGAGUAUGCCGGCGAGGUAAUUCGAGCUUCGUUAACUGAUAAACGAGAGAAAUAUUAUGAUAGUAAAAAUAUAGGAUGUUACAUGUUUAAAAUCGAUGACCACUUAGUCGUUGAUGCUACAAUGAAAGGAAAUGCAGCUAGAUUCAUUAAUCAUUCAUGCGAGCCAAAUUGUUACUCGCGUGUAGUGGACAUCUUAGGUAAGAAACACAUUUUAAUUUUCGCUCUCCGUCGCAUUAAUCAAGGAGAAGAGUUAACGUAUGACUACAAAUUUCCUUUCGAGGAUAUCAAGAUUCCAUGUACCUGCGGUUCCCGCAGAUGUCGUAAAUACCUCAAUUGAGACUGCAUAUACAGCUAUCGUAAGCAGCCAACCGGCACAGCAAAAAAAUAAUGUGCUAUAAUUAUGUGCGCUUUGGAAUAGGAUUCAUUUUAUUGAACGUUAUUCAUUUAAUCAUCAAACUAUUUUCAGAGAUUGCAGCUUUUUAUUACUAUAAAGGAAAUAGAUAUACAUUUAAAAUAUUAGAAGGCCAGAUAUAGUACAUGAAACAUCGCGUUAUGACAAUGUUACUUUAAACAGCUACACUUCGUAGUUGAUUUAAGGGGUAUACUUAUAGCAAUAAAUGAUUGAACAUGUCCUGCUUUCGUACCCAACGAGUCUCGCGUGCUUCAUCACGCUCACGUUAAGGCUCAUGAAAGUGUUAUCCACGCCUGUGCUUUUAUGCACGUCUUCUAGACUCUACUUAUUAUCUACUAUUGAGGCUUAAGUGUACGAGUUAUCGUCACUUUACACUAAAUCGAAAAUGUUUUUAGUUUAUAUUUAUAUAUUAUUCAUAAGCUAAAAGCAUUUAUAAAGUUCUCUUUUACAUAAAUUAUUUUGAGUUAUAUAUUUAAGAAUUUUAAUGCAUAAUUGGACCAAGUAUGAAAUUGAGUAAUAAUAAAAUAUAAAUACAGCACAAAAAUAAUAUGUAUUUAUAAAAGAAAAUUAAUGACUUUCCAUGACUGUCAUUUACAUUUUUUGUCAAUAUAUGAAUAUUGAAUAUAGAAACUAUUGAAUAUAGAAACACGUUUACUACGUGAUAAAUACCAAAUAUUCAUGUUCAGAAAAAAAAUUUGUAAGAUAUAAAACACACAAUUUUAUUGUAAAUUUCGAUUUUAUAUGUAAUGACAUACAAUUAAAUAUUUUUUAAUAUUUUAUGUAAAUUUAGAAUUUAGUGUACAGUGUACGACUAACUUUGUGACAUUUCAUGUCUGAUGUAGGGCCAGAUUUCAAAUGUUCUUGUAAAAUAUGUAAUUGUUAGAUUAGAUACUGUCUUGAUGUAAGUACAGCUACCAAUUUAACUUAAGUUAGUAACAUAGAUGUUAAGAAGUAAAGAAAGAACGCGCGCGCGCGAAAAAAUGAGAGAGAGGGGGAGGGGGGGAAGAGAAUGGCAAAAAGGAACAGUUUCCUAGCGUGGGAUACUGUCUGAAGGUGUACCUACUUUGGCAGACAUUGAUGAUAUUUUAAGUCUUAUAGUAGUGAUAAAAAAAAAGAUAAAAAAAAAAGAUAAAAAUGAAACAAAUGGGGAACAAAGAUUUGUUUCCCACAGAAAUUGAAGCCUGUUCGUUUAUUUUAAAUGAAGGAUUAUGUACGCGCAAUAUUAUUUUGAUAUGUUUUUAUAGAUUUUUAAACGAUGCACCUAUACGUUUGUGCUUCCGCCUUGCCAAUAUUACAAUAUUAAUCUUAUUACUUUAUUUUUGUAUUUAAAUAAUAUGAAUCGCUAGAAAAAAAAAAAAACCUUUUAUUUUACAAAAACUUAAUAGCAUACUGCUCAUGUAUAAGAGAUUAAUCAUAAUUUUUAUGUGAUUUCUGUCUGAAAUUUUUCUACGAUUCGUAAGAGGCAUAUAUAAUCACGUGAUCAAUUAUGUUAACAGAAUGUAAAAAGAUAAUUAGAUCAUUGUUUCAAGUAAACUUUUCUAGAAUAUUAAUAUUUCUAGGAAAUGUUUGUGAUAUUUUCCUACACUGGGAAAAGUUAUAAAUGUUCUUUAUAGGAAUAUAUUUCAGAUUUUUACGGAUACAUCACUGUAUACCGUAAAAAGCACCUUUCUGUGAAAUGCAGUUUUGCCUUACCUUUAAUGUACCUACGCUUUAAACCCGGUGAUAGAUUUAGAUAUACCCCGAUGACUUAUAUUCAAACUGAAAAAAAAAAAAAA